CAGUGAGGGUUAUUAGUGAAUGGUCUCUAGCCUCCACCAUUGUUAGAGGACGGUCUCUAGCCUCCACCAUUGUUAGAGGACGGUCUCUAGCCUCAACCGUUGUUAGAGGACGGUCUCUAGCCUCCACUGUUGUUAGUGGAUGGUCUCUAGCCUCCACUGUUGUUAGCGGAUAGUCUCUAGCCUUCACCGUUGUUAGUGGGCAGUCUCUAGCCUCCCCUGUUGUUAGAGACGGUCUCUAGUUUCCAUGACUAAGCACUAGCACUGAAUCUGAAUUGAACAUCAGUUCAGAAUCCAGUUGGUUGACUACUCAAUUCUGCCCUCAGCUCUGCAGACAUUAGCUGACGCUUAGGCCCUUGGGACUGUCCUCCCAUGAUGGAGACAUUGGUGUCUUCACUGUCUCCCAUUUAAUGGCCUCUUACACUGGAAGUAAAUAUUGGUUAAAAGUUAAUCCUAAUCUGUCCAAAUCUCUGCAACCUUCUCUUUACUGAGAUUUUCAAGAAUGCAAAGAGGUGGACUGGAUGGCCACCAAUAAUAGGAGCAGAAACAAUGGGGCAGGCAGCAGUUAAUUGAGUAACAGGAAUCUCAGGGAGCCCCCGCCCCAAACCCACAGGUAAGGCCUGUGAGACUCACCGCAGCAGCACAUAGAACUGGAGCGUCAGGGUGCCGAUCCCAAACAGGAACACCAUCACCUGGCUGCACGGCACAGGGAUACCUUAUGACUUCACGGAACCACACUCAAGGUUCUGCUUGGACUCCUGGGCUAAAGCAAUCCUCCUGCUUCAGCUUGCCUAGCCCUGGGACUAGAGACAGCAGUGGAGUCAGAGGUUUCCAUUUAGAUCACCAACUCCAGCUUCUCCCCAUGGACACAUCCGAGAAAACAGAAGUGGUUCUCCUGGCCUGUGGUUCUUUUAACCCCAUCACCAACAUGCACCUCAGGCUGUUUGAGCUGGGCAAGGACUACAUGAAUGCAACAGGAAAAUACAGGGUUAUCAAAGGCAUAAUUUCUCCUGUUGGCGAUGCGUACAAGAAGAAAGGGCUCAUCCCUGCCCACCACCGAAUCAUCAUGGCAGAACUUGCCACCAAGAACUCGCACUGGCUGGAAGUGGACACAUGGGAAAGUCUCCAGAAGGAGUGGGUGGAGACUGUGAAGGUGCUCAGACACCAUCAGGAGAAGCUGGCAACUGACAGUUGUGAUCACCCACAACGCUCACUCUUGAUGGACAGGCCCGGGCGGAAGAGGAAGUGGGAUGAACAAAAGCAGGACUCCAGCCCAAAGAAACCCCAAGAGCCCAAGUCAACAGGUGUGCCCAGGGUGAAAUUGCUGUGUGGAGCAGAUUUACUGGAGUCCUUCAAUGUGCCCAACCUGUGGAAGACUGAGGACAUCACCCAAAUCGUGGCCAACUACGGGCUCAUAUGUAUCACUCGAGCUGGCAGUGAUGCUCAGAAAUUUAUCUACGAGUCUGACGUGCUAUGGAGGCAUCAGAGCAACAUCCACCUGGUGGAUGAAUGGAUCACCAAUGACAUCUCCUCCACCAAGAUCCGGAGAGCUCUCAGAAGGGGCCAGAGCAUCCGCUACUUGGUCCCCGACCUUGUCCAAGAGUACAUUGAAAAGCAUGAUCUGUACAACUCCGAGAGUGAAGACAGGAAUGUUGGAGUCAUUCUGGCGCCUCUACAGAGGAACAUCUCUGAGGCCAAGCACAGCAAUCCCACAGCGUGAUGCAUAUGCAUCAGAUGCUCUAUGGAGAUUCAAAACAACCGGUGUUAAUCACUCAGGGAAGGAGUUGUCAUCCUGUUUCAUAAACUGAAGUUUAAAGGUUUGAUUAAAAACCAACAGGAAAUUAAGAUCACUUGCUAAAUGAAUGUUUUAAAUAAGGCAUUUUUAAAAAAUCAGAAUAAUUCCUUUUUAAAAUAACAGCUCAUUCACUACAAUGAAAUUUCAGUGAUGCAUACUCUAAGUUUUUCAAGAACAGACACCAUGACUACCCCACAAGAGAGGUGUGAAAGCAAAUCCACCCAAAAGCUUCUCUUUAGGGGCUGGAGAGACGGCUCUUCCAGGGGACCCGGGUUCAGUUCCCAGCACCCACAUAGCAGCUCUCAACUGUCUGUGACUCCAGUUUCAGGGUGCUUGAUGCACUCUCUGGCCUCUGGGCUCCAGGCACACACAUGCUGCACAGACAUACAUGCCGGAAAACACCCACACACAGAAAGAAGGAAGGAAAGUCUCACUUCAGCCAGAUCAGUGAUGUGCGCCUGUAACCCAAGCUGCUCCAGGAGCUGAGGUAGCAGAAUCACUUUGAACCCAGUUAGAGAUGACACUAGACACCAUAGACUCUUCCUAAGAAACAAAUAAAACAAAAUCCUAACUUAAGUUAUGCAGAGAACUGAUGACACCAUUUGUGCUUGGUGCCAGCUACCUUUAUCCAGGAUAGACCGAGGAAGGAAUUGUUUAAGUCAUGACCUUGGCUGGGGAUGUAGCUCAGUUGGUGGGGCACUGGUCCAGCAGGCCUGAGGCCCUACGUUAAAUUACCAGGACCACAUAACGGGGCACGGCGGUGCCCACCUGCGGUCCAGGUACUUGGAGGAUGGAAGCAGAAGGAUCAAAAUUUCAACAUCAUCCCUGACAAACAGCAAGUUUGAGACCAUCAAGGGAUACUGGAGACCCUGUCUCUAAAUAAACAAACAAGUGGCCCUGUAAAACACACUGGUGACCAGUGGUCCCCCAGCUUUGCAAAAUGAAGGCUGUGAGUCACCUGCAAGAAGUCAGAAUGCACCUCAGUUCUCCACAUCAGAACGGCUCAUUAAAGGGAUGGUGAGACGGUGCAGUGGACCUACUGCCAAGUCUUACAACCUGAGUUCAAGCCCCGGGACCCACAAAGUAGCAAGAGAGAACCCAUUCCCAAAAGGUAGCUGACCUCCACAUGAGAUAAAUAAAAAGAAAAGCUGGCUAAGCUU